AUGAUUCACCAGUCUUGUCAUUUGCUGGGCGUUUUGCAGAAGCUGAAACUCAACUACAUGUUUACCAUACAAACUUUUUACGUGCAGGAACCUAAUAAACAUCCUCGCAGAGAGUCUCUUGGUGGGAAUGCAAAGUUAGCAAUGGUUUGUGCAAUUUCUCCUUCACAAAGGAGCGAAACCGCCGGCACCUUGAGAUUCGCUCAGCGUGCAAAGGCAAUACAGAAUAAGGCUGUUGUCAAUGAAGUGAUGCAGGAUGAUGUAAAUUUCUUGCGUGGAGUCAUACGCCAGCUGAGGGAUGAACUUCAAAGGAUGAAGGAUGAUGGAAAUAAUCCAACCAAUCCAAAUGCAGCUUAUUCCACUGCAUGGAAUGCACGUCGAAGUUUGAAUUUACUAAGAAGCUUUGGGCUGGGCCAUCCAAGGUUCUUACCCCAUGGAGAUGAUGAUGGAGACAUUGAGAUGGAAAUUGAUGAGGCUGCUGUUGAAAGCCUUUGUGUUCAAGCGGGUUUGCAACCAUCUCCAGCUUCCGAGGGGAUCAAUCAUGAUAUGAGCAGAGUAGAGAGUAUACAUUCCGAUGAGCAAUCUUUAGAAAUGCGGUCUCCUGGGGACACAGAUGUUGCCAUGGAGGAUGCUUAUUGCCAAUCUGAGAACCAUGUACCAGAAACAGUGGAUAAUAUGAGAACUGAGACGGAGACCGGCAUCACAGCAGAUCAGAUCGAGACACCCUUGCCAUCAUGCCCUGACUUGGUUGUGGAAGACUUUGCUUCUGCAAAUAUAUUGACAGCUGAUGGAGUAAAUGAACCAGAGCACUUAGUAAAGUCUGCAUCUCCUAGUCGUUGUAUAGAUCAACUUGGUCCUUCGCCUGAAUUAAAAUCUCCCACACAGAGCGUCUCUCCUACUAUUAGAAAUAGCAGGAAAAGCUUGAGGACAUCGGAAAUGUCAGCAGCAUCUCAGAAGGAUACUGAGGGAGACCAGUUAGUUAUGGAAGCUGCGGACCCAUCUCUGGCUACAUCCCAAAAGAUGAAUAGCUGUUCUAGUUCUUUGUCUACACAGAAGAGCAAAGUUUUUCCUGUACGGACCGAGCGUUUGGCAGCUAGCCUCCACAAAGGAAUUGAACUUCUAGAUUCGUACUGCCAGAGUACAGCUCAAAAACGAUCCACAUUCAGGUUUUCCUUCAAAGCUCCAGAUAGUAAGCCUUCAACCUUUGUAAGUAAGGUUGAUGUAGGUGUGCAGACCUUUCCCGAAGCUGACGCAAUAUCAAAGGAGAAUACAAAAGAAGUUAUGUGCAGUAAAUGCAAAUGCAGAGAACAAUCUGAUGUCCUGCAAAUCGGGGACAUGCCAAAUCUUCAGUUAGUACAUGUUGACAACUCAGAAGUGACAGAAAAAUCCAAGAACCAAAUUCCCAAAGCAGUGGAAAAGGUUCUAGCAGGAUCUAUCAGGAGGGAAAUGGCUCUAGAAGAGUUCUGCACUAAGCAAGCCUCUGAGAUAACUCAACUUAAUCGACUGGUACAACAAUACAAACAUGAGAGAGAAUGCAAUGCCAUCAUUGGACAAACAAGGGAGGACAAAAUUAUCCGACUUGAAAGCCUUAUGGAUGGGAUAUUAUCUAAGGAGGAUUUCCUUGACGAAGAAUUUGCAUCUCUCCUGCAUGAACAUAAGCUUCUAAAGGACAUAUAUCAGAACCACCCUGAAGUGCUGCAGACGAAGAUUGAGUUGGAAAGAGCGCAAGAAGAGGUCGAGAGUUUCGGGAACUUUUAUGGUGACAUGGGAGAAAGGGAAGUGUUAUUGGAAGAGAUUCAGGAUUUGAAGACGCAGCUACAAUGUUACAUUGACCCUUCUCUUACAUCAGCUAGGAAAACGUGUUCCCUGCUUAAGCUUUCAUACCAAGCUCCCCCAGUCAACGCUACUCCUGCAUCACUGGACAAGAGUCUUGAGAAGACAUUAGAACAGGAAAGACUUCGUUGGACUGAGGCAGAGACCAAAUGGAUUUCUCUCGCUGAGGAAUUAAGAACAGAGCUUGAAGCCACUAAGGUGGUGAUGAAUAAGCAGAAACACGAGCUUGAUAUUGAGAAAAGAUGUGCGGAAGAGUUGAAAGAAGCAAUGCAGAUGGCGAUGCAUGGACACACACGGAUGCUUGAACAAUAUGCAGACCUGGAAGAGAAGCAUAUGCAAAUGCUUGCAAGACAUAGAAGGAUUCAAGAAGGAAUAGACGAUGUUAAAAAAGCAGCUGCAAAAGCCGGAGUCAAAGGAGCAGAGUCCAGAUUCAUAAAUGCACUUGCGGCAGAAAUUUCAGCCUUAAAGGUAGAAAGAGAGAAGGAGGGACAAUACUUGAGAGAUGAGAACAAAAGUCUCCAGACACAACUAAGAGAUACAGCUGAAGCCAUACAAGCCGCCGGAGAGUUACUUGUUCGGCUUAAGGAAGCCGAAGAAGGAUUGACAGUUGCACAGAAACGAGCGAUGGAUGCGGAGUAUGAAGCUGCAGACGCAUAUAAACAGAUUGACAAGCUGAAGAGAAAACAUGAAAACGAAAUCAACGCUCUUAACCAACUCGUCCCACAAUCUCAUAUACUCAGAGAAAGCUCUUCAGAAAACGAUGAAGCCAUGAAACCGUCGGUAGAUGCAAGUGAGCAGCAAUGGAGAGAUGAGUUUGAGCCGCUUUGCGUGGAAGUAACCGAGUUUUCCAAGCUUUCUGAGCCCUCUUGGUUCUCAGGUUACGAUCGGCAGGCUUUCUUCGUACCAAACCUUGUGAAUUGCAAUAAUACUUGCGUCGAGAGGAGAAUGUAG